AUGGCAUCCGCGGCGGAUAUGCGAACAAAUGUCCACCGCUUUCGCAUUCGACGCUCGUCCAUCUCCGACCCUCACGCCGAUCCCUCGUCCACGUCGUCUUCGGCACCGCUCCGACGACGGUCUGCCUCGCCCCCCACCGGCAACGGCACGAGCAUCGUCAACUCAGUGGCAUCCUCCAAUGAAGGGCCCUUGUCUGCCGAGAGACCCGGCCCCUCAGACGGCCUUCCCUCCGCCAAGGCCGCCCGUGAGAUACCCGCUUGUGACCGCUGUCGCCAUUUCAAGAAGAAGUGCAGUCGUACUUUUCCCAUCUGCACCCUGUGUGCCAAUGCCGGGUCCAAGUGCAGCCUCUCGACGCCUGUUGACUCAACAGCGGCGCAGACACAUCAUCUGCGCGCCAGGGUGGAAUGGCUCUCCAGCUUCAUCAACAAGCACGUCCCCGUCGGCCCUACCGGCAUAGCCUCUAUCGACACAGGCACUGAUCUGUCGUCCUUUGUUGACCACAGUCGACGGUCGAAUGCGGCGAGUGACACCAGUCAGGGGGCUCUCCCGACAACUCCUUCACUUGCGGCGCCACUGCAGCGUCAUGCUCCCAGUCGACCUUUUGACCCUCUAGAAGGCGUCCGUCAUGUCAGUUCUCACGCGACACCCCCGGGGGGAAACGAUCCGCUCAGCCAGACGCCCUCCAUCUUCUCGAGCCCCGGCAGACCGGGUCUCGCCGCCGCAUCCACCAUCGGCACUCCGGGUCUACCGCCUGACGCCGCCGCCCGCAGGUUUGUCGAUGCCUACUUCCGCAACGUCAACCGCGCCUACCCCUUCGCCAACCGCGACAAGGUCCUGCGCGAUCUGGAGGCCUUGGGCGAAACGGCCAUGGGCCAGCGCGACGCCGACUCGACCGUGCUGUAUCUCAUCAUGGCCAUUGGUUGCACCUCCCUCGAGCGUGCCGGCCAAGUGCCCAAGGACACGGCCAGCAAGUUUGAGGUUCCCUAUGCCGAGAUUAUCCAGGAGUGUCUGGCCAAGGAGGACACCGAGUCUAUCCAGGUCCUGGUACUCCUCUCACUGUAUUCGCUGUUUGAUCCCCAUGGGGCUUCCGCCUGGUCGAUGGCCGGCAUCGCCUCGAGGCACGCCAUGCUCCUGGGACUCAGUCGGCGCGCCUCCGAAGACAAGUCUCUCGCGGCUGUCGAGCUCGAAUUGCGGCACCGUCUGUUCUGGAGCAUCUUUGUACUGGAUCGCAUGAUGGCAGUGUCCAUGGGCCUGCCCGUCGCUCUCAUUGACGACAACAUGGACGUGCCUCUGCCCGGCUUGACUAUUGAAGAGUUCGCUUCACCAGAACGGCAGCAGUUCGCAUCCACGCUCCAGACAAACCGCCACGUCAUUCAGUUGCGGCAGCUCGAAGGCCGGAUUCUCACCCUCAUUCACCACCGGAGGCGGUCGGACAUAGCCUCCUUGUCCCAGGCCGACCGCCGAGCCAUCCUGCAUGAUCUCAGAACUGAUAUCGAGGCCUGGUACAGCAGUGGCUCCCUGGUAUCGCCCAUGGAAGCCGACAAUAUUCCCAUUCAUAAUUCGAUCACCUGGCUCAGCGCCCGCUACUAUCACCUCCUGAUCUUGCUGCACUAUCCCUGCCAUUUCAACUCCUUCGCUUCCAGUGUCUCGGCGACAGAGCUGCUGAGGUUUGCCCAAAAGCACCUGCAGUCAACGUCUGCCCUCCUUCAACAGCGCCAGCUUCCCUUCAAUCGGAUCACGCUGUGUCGCAUAUUCCCCGUGGGUCUCGUGCUGAUACACGGAUUCAUUGCUUGUGAGGCAGAGGGGUCGCCUUUCCCCGCCAGAGACGAGGUCGCCGUCGUUGUCAGCAUCCUCGAAGCGUUUCCGAGUGGCUGGGUCAACGCCCACAAAGCUGCCAACAUCUUUCGCCAGUUCAUGACCUUGACGACCAGCCCACCGAGCUACGGACCCAUGCACUUUCAGACAACGAUGCUCGGCAACGGGCCUCUCGAUGCCGCGAGGGAGUCGACGCAGGCCAUGCUGCGACCGAUACUGACCAACCUCCUCGGCCUCAUGCAAGAGGUCCUGGGCAAGGCGACUUGCUAUGCCUUCCACGAGAUGCCCGAUAGUCGGGGCGGCUUCGCGGGGUUCAGCGGCCCUUUAUCUUCAUUUUCCCCACCCGGACCCUCGCGAAGCCUCGGUGGUUCCAUGUCGGGUCUCACGCCUGGGGCCGAAGGAGCCAUGGAUUACAACUGGAGUUCUCUCGAAAUGGGCUUUCUCUGA